AUGGACUCCAGAAUCGACAUCCUGUUCAUUGACUCCUAUGACUCGUUCACGUACAACGUCGUGAGACUGUUGGAACAGCAAGGUCCCAUUACGGUUACCACGAUCCACAACGAUACGUUUGCCAGUCUGGACGGGCUUCUGCCCCUUUUGAGUUUGUUUGACUGUAUUGUAGUCGGUCCAGGGCCUGGGAACCCACGGAACGGGUGCAAAGACAUUGGUAUCAUUGAAGAGCUGUUUAGAAGCGAUGUUGCCGCGAAUGUACCAAUCCUGGGCAUCUGUCUCGGGUUCCAAGCUAUGUGCUACUCAAGACUGGGCCCAGAGAGGAUUCAGGAACUGGACAUCAUCAAGCAUGGACAAGUGUACGAUAUCGAACUUUCCAGUAAAGGUGUCAGCUCAGCGCUGUUCAAGGGAUACCCCGAGCAGUUCAAAUCCACACGGUACCACUCGCUGCAUGUGCUCAUGGACAACGCAAGCAUCGAAGAGGGGGUCUGUCCACUAGCUAUUACCCACGAUGAGAACGGUGAGUUGCUUAUGGCCGCACAGGUGGGUGACCUUCCCUGGUACGGUGUGCAGUACCAUCCGGAGUCCUGCUGCUCACAAUUUGGCGGACUACUGAUCCAGAACUUCCUCGGUAUUGCGCAUGAUUGGAACCAUAACAGGACCCAACGGUACCAAUGCAAGCUGGGGAGCCGUGUCAGAAUGGCUACACAAUUGGAACAACUCGCUGAAACCAUUGACAGAACCCCCAUCUUUGUCAAGAGCCGUUUGGCACUACCAUCUCCUGGGUCCCAGGAUAUUUGCAUUAGGGAGUACCAAGAUCCGAAGUACAAGGAUUGUGCACAGGUGACUUUGAAACUAGCUGACAAGAUCAAGGGUGACAAAUUCAUCCUCGCGUCGUCUAACAUAUCUGCUAACAGGGGCGAAUGGUCAAUCAUUGCGCUACCGAACGAAAACUCGCAAGUUUUCACGCAUUACGAGUCCCUUGGCAAGACCACAGUACACGGAUGGCAAGCUGACGGGCUCACCCACGAAUCGUUACAUCAAAAUCUGACUAAAGGGACGAACACACCGCUCUUACAAGUAAUUGGCCAAGACAAGACGCAAUUUUGGGGUACCCUUGGUCAGUUCAUGGAACCCAGACUGCAAUGCAACUUCCGUACGGACUUACCCUUUGUUGGUGGGCUUGUCGGUAUAUUAGGAUACGAGAUGGGUCUCUAUGUGAAGAAACCUACUCUUGAACUGGAGGGUGCCCCGACACCGGACGCGAAACUUGUGUACAUCGAAAACAGUAUCCUUGUGGACCAUCUGCAGGGCAGAAUAUUUCUCAUCUCUGUGGGCAGCGAUGGGUCCUCGUGUUUCCCUGACGAUAUUGCCGAUAUCUUCGCUGACUCGUCCUGGGUGGAUGAGGACUUGGCGUGGCCACAGGAACUACCUGAGAAGGUUACAUACGAUGUGAAGAUGCCGGACAAGUCUCAGUACGGCGAGGCGUUCCGUAAAUGCCAAGAGUACAUGCACCGCGGGGACUCGUACGAGAUCUGUCUAACGACGCAGACACUAGUCACACCAAGCACCCCCACCGUGGACCCCUGGCGCAUCUUCCAAGUGCUUGUGCAGCGUAACCCUGCACCCUUUGCCAGUUUCUUCCAAUUCAACGACCUUUGCAGCGAUGCGGGCCUCCCGGUCCCACAACUUUGCCUGAUCAGCAGUUCUCCAGAACGGUUUCUCAAGUGGGACAACGACACGUGCGAGUUGCGUCCCAUCAAGGGCACCGUGCGGAAAUCCCCGCAGAUGGACCGAGCACGCGCCACUGAAAUCCUCAAGACUCCAAAGGAGUUCGGCGAGAACUUGAUGAUCCUGGACCUGAUCCGCAACGACCUGUACGAGCUUCUCCCCGACGUACGCGUCGAGGAGUUCAUGACCGUCGAGGAGUACGCGACCGUGUACCAGCUGGUCAGCGUUGUCAAGGCGUACGGCCUGUCUCAGUCAGCUUACUCCGGCCUGGACAUCUUGCACCACUCUCUCCCCGUCUGGGUCCAUGACGGGGGCCCGAAGAAAAUCACCGUACAAUUACUACAAGACGAGCUGGAGCAGCACCUCAACGGCUCCACAGCACCGGGGCCAGGCCAGCGCGGUGUCUACAGCGGCGUCACAGGCUACUGGUCCCUCAACGGCAGCGGCGACUGGUCCGUGAACAUCCGCUGCAUGUACACGCACGACGGCGGCGCGCACUGGCGCCUCGGCGCGGGCGGCGCCAUCACCGUGCUCAGCACGGAGCAGGGCGAGCUCGACGAGAUGUACACGAAGCUCGAGAGCGCCUUGCAGGUCUUCCCAACGGAAGGUUAA